CUUUACACGUUUCUAUAUCUCAUUCCCAGCAUCCCCUCAAAUUAACAAGAAUGCACCGCUUAAUGCUCGUUAUCAUUGCAGCUAUGAUGUUGCUGCAAGCUCAUGUCUCCGUUGCUCAAAAUCCACACAAACUUCGAUUCUACGAGUAUUCCGGCUUUGGGGGCAAAUGCACCAUCUGCCCUGUUGAGAGAUAUCAGCACUGCUAUUACCUUGCAAAGCGUACCGCUGAUGCUGCUUCUUCCUUAUACUUCAGAAACGAAGAUUAUAACAAUGAAGAAUUCAGCAUUACCCUUUAUACUAGCGAAACCUGUAGCGGUGACUGGUUCCGAAAGAGCACAAACAUCCCCUACAAGGCAGCAUACUCGAUAUCCUCUUUCGCCAGCAAGUACGACAACAAGAUCCAGUCCUUCAAGAUCGCCAACUUCCGUUUGCCAGAUGCUGAAGGAACCAUGACUGGUUCAGAGCCUUGGACCGCAUCAUGCGACUUUUCGCCCAGUUGUUAAAUCACAUCCACAGCAUCAGAUUAAAGACGGUGUAUUUACAAAUAAAUAUAUUGAAG